AUGAGCCCUUCAACCCUCCUCCUCCGCCGCCUCGCACUCUCAACCCCGCGACCUCUCACCAUAUCCUGUCGGCUCUCCAAAGCAACGUUCUCACCACCGACACACAGCAAACAUAGCAUCAUCCAGCAGCAAAUCGCAUCGCGGCACCAUAGAACUAUGUCAACCACAACCGCCACGGCCGCCGCCGCAGCCACUCCCGCGCCAGCGCCGCGCUUCUCCAAGGGCUCCGACGAGCUUUCGCUCUCUUCGACGCUAGAGACGCUGCUGGGACAGGGACGGGGCUGGGCGCUGGUCAACGACGGCGUGGCCGUCGAGCGGAGCUUCAAGUUUAAGAACUUUGCCAAGACAUGGGACUUCAUGACGGCCGUGAGCCUGCAAUGUAAACUCCACAACCAUCACCCGGAGUGGUCAAACGUCUAUAACACGAUCUUCAUCAGAUGGACGACGCACAACCCCAAGGGCCUGUCGGACAAGGACCUCAAGCUCGCCCUCAUCUGCGACGCCCUGGCCAAGGACUUUGGCGAGGUUGAGGGGCCGCCGGCGCCGCCGGCUUCCGAGGUCACCACUGGCGGAGAGGCCGUCAGCUGUGGCAUUCGGGGCUUGGCUGACAAGGCGGCGGGCACAGCCGGCGACUGCUGUACGCCGAAGUAG